GGGGGGAACAGACAUGAAUACCUCCACUUAAUGCUUAUGGCUAUUCCUUCCAGAUGUAUCCACAUUAAUGCCACCACCUCUGGACUGUACUGACUAUGAUUUCUCACUUGGUGAGGAGGUGGCCUUUGGCUCCUGCACCCCGCAGCUGCAGAGUAGUGUGCUGGUGCAGGUGCCCCCACAGCACCUGUCUUCCCCUGAGCCAUGCUGGAGAGACCUGGCAGACCAGCACCAGAAAGCAUUGGGAGACGCCCUGGAAGCAAACAGCCAACUGCAGGAGACCCUCACACAGAGGCAGGAAGAGCUGGUGACACUGCGGGAGAGCAACGUGCAGCUGAAGGAGCUGGCGAGUCAGGCCAGGAAGCUGGCCGCUGUCCUUGACACGCUGAUGCUCCCGCAAAGCGCCGACGUCACAGCCCUUUCUUCUCCUCCUCGUCCUCCUCUUCGUCCUUUACCUCCUCCUCCCGCCGCUGCUGCUGCCGCCGCGGCCCCGGCCGGGAGCGGCCGCCGCGGCCCCGGCCGGGAGCGGCCUGGAGGGUGCGGGGGGCGUGGACGCCAUGCUGCGCUCCGUGUCGGAGAAGUGCCGCGCCGCACUGCGGAGCCUGGGGGGCAGCUCGGGGGGCAGCCCCGGGGGCAGCCCGGGACACAGCCCGGGGCACAGCCCGGGGCACAGCCCGGGGCCAUCCGCACCCUGGCCUUCCCGCAGGGAAACGCCUUCACUCUGCGCACCGCCGCCGGCGGGCACCGCUUCCGAUGGGUGCCGCGCUGA